GCACAAGUAGAACGGUAGCCUGCGCUUGUCACGGCCUAGAUGCUCUCGGAAAGGGCGCGGCCGCCUCAGCCCUUAACAAAAAUGGCCGUCCAAGGAGGGUGCCUCGUCGCGCCGUGAAUUAUGGCGGCGCUUCCGGUCCCGCUGCCCUCAGCAAAGAUGGCGGCCGUGGAGAAACGGCGGCCCGCAGUAGCACCAGCGGCCAAUUUCACCGACAGCGGCCGGACGUCCGUGUCUCAGGCGGCGGCGGCGGCCGAGAGCGAGGAGGACUUCCUACGGCAGGUCGGCGUGACGGAGAUGCUGCGCGCGGCCCUACUGAAGGUGCUGGAGACGCGGCCCGAGGAGCCCAUCGCCUUCUUGGCGCACUAUUUCGAGAACAUGGGCCUGCGCUCGCCGGCCAACGGCGGCGCCGGGGAUCCCCCAGGCCAGCUCCUCCUGCAGCAGCAGCGCCUGGGCCGCGCGCUGUGGCACCUUCGCCUGGCUCACCACUCGCAGAGGACGGCCUUCAACAACAACGUGAGCAUGGCCUACGAGUGCCUGAGUGCUAGCGGCCGCAAGAAGAAGCCGGGGCUGGACGGGCGCACAUACAGCGAGCUGCUGAAGCGCGUGUGCAGGGACGGCGGGGCGCCCGAGGAGGUGGUGGCGCCGCUGCUGCGCAAAAUCCAGUGCCGGGACCACGAAGCCGUCCCUCUGGGCAUCUUCCGAGCCGGCAUGCUGUCCUGCUUCGUGCUGCUGGAGUUCGUGGCGCGAGCCGGCGCCCUUUUCCAGCUCCUGGAAGACCCAGACCUGGCGGUGGCCGAUCGUCGCGUGGGCCAGGCCGUGCUGGACACGCUCGAGGGCGCGCUGGGCGCGGGAGACCUGGCGGCAGCGCCCACGCACUACCUGGAGGCGGGUUCCCGCCUGGGCCCUGACAGCCUGGCGCGUGCUCUAGACAGGGCGGCGGCCGGGCGGCGACCCAGCGCGCCCAUGGCCCGGGAGGAAUUCCUGGAGAAAGCUGCAGCCCUCUUCAUCGCCAAGGUCAAGCCGGUGGGCUGAG